UUUCAGCCGCUGCUACAGGGACCCCCAAGAUGGAAACGCAGGGGCUGCCUGCCGCCGUGGAGGCGGCCCAGCCCGAGCCCGGCGCCCAACAACAUGGCGGCAGCGCCGUCGUGGACGACGCGGCUUCCUCCGCAGGGCCUGCUCGCCGACCGCCGCCUCCUCCUCAGCCGCGUGACUCGGCGGCGGCAGGAGCCUGGGGCCUGGACGUGUCAUUCCCCGUGUUGCUGCUGCUUGAGGGGAAGAAGCCGCCGGAGCCGCCGCCGCCUCUGCCUGCUCCUCCGCCGCCGCCUCCCCCUCAGCAGCUAUUGCUGCCGCCAGGACCCGCCGCCAGCAGCACUUCCGUCCCUACCGCCCUCACGCUGCCGCCGGGAGCCGGAGGCCCAGGGCAGCCGCAGCCGGACAGCGACGCUCUGCUGCUGGUGCUCAACUUGGUGCGGCAGGGCGGAGCCUCCGGCAGCCCUUCGCGCGGACCCACUCAGGCACUGCAGCCGCCGCAGCAUCAGCGGGAGCGGGAGGAGAAAUCGGGCGGCGAAGGAGGCGAAGCCCCGGCUUCAGGGCCUCCGUCUGAGGGGAGCGGGCCGCAGGACGACUCCGGCAGCUGCUCGGGGGCCUCGUCCUUCUCGGGCACGCUCACCAUCAAUAACCAGAGCCUGCUGGUGCGCUUCGAGAACGGGCUGCUCAGCCUCGGGGGGCCCGCGUCGCAAGCGCCGCCUCCGACCUCUCUUCCGCCCCAGCCGCCGCUCCUUCCUCCUCCGCCGCUGCCCCCUGGGGCUUCCGUCGAGCCUCUGGCUCCAGCCACCGGCGCCCCAUCCGGUGCAACGUCUUAUCUUUGCCCCGAGCCUCGCUGCGCCGAGGCCUUCUCCCGCAAGCAGCUGCUGCGGCUGCAUCGGUUGUCGGCGCACGGCGGGAGCCCGGUUGGUGCGGCGCAGGAUGGCGGAGGAGGAGAAGUGGCGGCGGGCCCAGGCCGCGCGGCGCGUCCCUUCUGCUGCCCGGUUCCCGGCUGUGCCUGGGCCUUCGCCACCGCCUACAAGCUGCGGCGCCACCUGCACUCGCACGACAAGCUGCGGCCCUUCGCCUGCUCCGCGCCUGGCUGCACUAAGCGCUUCACCACCAUCUAUAACCUGCGGGCGCACGGCCGGGCCCACGACCAGGAGGCGACGCACAAGUGCGAGGCUUGCGGGCAGCGCUUCCCCAGCGCAGCCCGCCUUGGGGCGCAUCAGCGGCGGAGCCAUCUGGAACCAGACCGGCCUUAUCGUUGCGAGUAUCCAGGUUGUGAGCGGACCUUCAUAACAGUGAGUGCAUUGUUUUCUCAUAAUCGAGUCCACUUCAGGGAGCAAGAAUUGUUCUCCUGCUCCUUCCCAGGCUGUAACAAGCAGUAUGACAAAGCCUGCCGACUGAAAAUCCACAUGAGAAGUCACACAGGUGAAAGACCUUUCAUCUGUGACUUUGAAGGUUGUGGCUGGUCCUUCACCAGCAUGUCAAAGCUACUAAGACAUAAAAGGAAACAUGAAGAUGACAGGAGAUUUACCUGUUCUGUAGAAGGCUGUGGAAAAUCAUUCACAAGAGCAGAACACUUGAAAGGCCAUAGUAUAACUCACCUUGGCACAAAACCAUUUGAGUGUCCUGUAGAAGGUUGUUGUGCAAAGUUCUCAGCACGCAGUAGCCUGUACAUUCACUCCAAAAAACACCUUCAGGAUGUGGACUCACUGAAGACCCGUUGCCCUGUAUCCAGCUGUAAUAAAUUGUUCACUUCCAAGCAUAGUAUGAAAACACACAUGGUCAAGCAACACAACUUUAGUGCAGAUCUCUUAAAUCAGAUGGAAACUAUCGGUUCCCUCACGCCUAGCAGUGAACUCGCCAGCUCAGGACAAAGUGACCUCAGCAAUGUAGACCUUGUGUCCCUUUUUUCCAGUGUGUCUGGACACACUUCUGGAAUUUCAGCUGAGAUGGCUCUGAUAAACUCUGGAAUUCUCACUAUAGAUGUUGCUUCUGUGGGCUCCACGCUUGGAGGCAAUCUUUCCGUUGGUAGCAAUUCUCUUGGUCAGACGGUUGACCCACUGAUUUUAGUGGCUAGCAGUGACAUUCCGCACAGUCUGGAUAGCUCUCUUCUGUUGGGAACCACUGCCACAGUUUUACAGCAAAGCACUUUAAAUCUGGAUGAUGUACAGACUGUAAAUGCAGAAGCCUUAGGUUCAUUAGCAUCUUUGUCCACAAGGAAUUCCAGUCAAGACCUGCACGGUUUGACCUCCAGCAAUAACCUGUCAGUAGACACAGCCACUUUAACCCCUUCCAGCAGCCUCGGGGGUAACAAUGCAUCUGAAUUGCUGGCUCCAAGUAAAGCAGAGCAGACUUUGCUUCCUAGUCUGGAUGUUGUGGGACAACAAGAAGGCAGUAAAGUGGUGACUGAGUUUGUGUUCUCCAACCCUCCAGGAAGUUACAGUGCACAGAAAGAAACUGAUUUGAGCACGGUGACUGGCAGCUCUUUUCUGGAGAGUGGUGGAUCUGCGAGAACAGAUUAUCGAGCCAUUCAGCUUGCCAAGAAAAGAAAACAGAAAGGAAAUGGUAAUGACAUAGGAACCCCUAACUCUGGCAUAAGAAAAGGCAAAGGUGAUAAAGUUAGUUCUUCUAGCCAUGGGAAUCGGUUAUGCAAUAGUGUUUUACCAAAUGGAAGCCCAACUGUGAGAGAUCCAUCAGCUGGCACACAGUUUGUUCAAAUUCAGCUGCUUCAGGAUGAUUCCCCAGGAGAGGGAGAUCUGCCCUUCCAGCUCAGUUCUCAGUCAUCCUCUUCGCAUUCUCAGCUGACAGUGGACUUACCUGUUCAUAUCCUUCAGGAGCCACACAAUUCUGCUGAAGAGGAUGCCAGUUCUGAUAAUUCUCAGUUUACAGGAAGCACCAUUAACCUACAAGACCUCGAAUGAUUGUGUUGGGGACAGAAACAUUGAAAUGUUCAAGUGCAACAGCAUCUUGAGGAAUAGACAUUUGUUACUGCUUCUAAAGAAAGAAGUGAAAAAUAAGAGUGUGCACACACAUCAGUGCUACUUUGUGGCUUGCGUGAUGGUUAUCGUGCAAUGAAAAACUUGUUCAGUAAAUUUUAUUUGAUAAGGCUCUUGGAGAUCUUGGUAUGUUCUCUUUUUGGUCAGAAAAAAGGUACUUAUGGGAGAGUUAUUUAGGUUAUGCAAUGGAUGCUUUGGAAUCCUGUCUUGGAGUGGAUGUGCUGUGAUGAUGCUCCACACUGAUGCUUCUAAGGACAGUCCUCAAAUACUAAUUAACAGUUAUGCGUGGGAAUUUUUCUUGAUGUUCAUACAAGUAGGUGACGAGAGGUGUCCCUAGCUGUAAAUUGGACUGAGAUGAAAGAAUAAUGCAGACCACUUCAAUGAUUCUUUUCAAAAGCUGACAGUGUUUGUGGCAUUGUUGAAUACAGUUUUAAGGAGACAAAGGCAGAAAAAAUAGUAUAGUACUCAGGGGUAGUAAAGUUGAACUGUAGUUUCUUGCUCCUGCUAUACCUGAUAACUUUUUUUUAGACACUGCCCUUUAGGAGGCUGCCUAUUAUACAUUAAUUCUUACAUCCUUGAUUAUGUUUACAGUAAUACAAAAACAGUGUUGCCAAUUCCUGUGAAAUCGCCACUUUACUCCAUACAUCUGAAGAGGUGGGCUAUAGCCCACUAAUGCUUCUGCCAGAAUGUUUCUAGUCUUUAAGGUGCCACAAGACUCUGUUUUUGCUGCACUAGACUAACACGGCUGCCCUCUGGAAAUUGUCACUUUAAUAAUGUAUAUCCCAGUCCUGUGCAUGUUUACUCAGAAAUACUCUUGUAAAGUUCAAUGGGACUUACUCCCAAGUAAGUCUCUAGGAUUUGCACCCUUGGUCCAUUUGCCAUUUUACAUGCACACAUUCUACUUGAGCAAAGAGCUUCCAGCUAAUGUUCAUAAUACGUGACAAACAGGUUGGUGACUUCUCGACUGAGAAGGGAAAUGCAUCUUUAAUUAAACUUUUAAAACAACUGCAUUUUUUAAAAUUGUAGAUACAAGGAAAAUAAUUGUGUAGACCUUUUAAGAACAAAUACCAAGACUAAGCAGAAGAAUAAAUAAGAUAUCAGUGUUCAACAACAAAUGUAAAGGUUGGAACUUAAAUCAUUCUUUUCAUGAUGUGCCCAAAUAGCUGUAAAGUUAUACAUAUAUAGGAUUGGGUUAAAGAGCAGUGUGAGUGACCUUUUAUUCCCAUUGAGUGUGAGUGUGAAAGAACUUUUAUUUUUUACAAAACAAGAUACGCUUGUGUUCUUAAACUUGCAUGUAUUUAUUUGCAGUGACGGGAUGCACUAAAAUGAUGUUGCUGAGUUAUAAAUAGCAAUGGUGUGUGUGUGUGUGUGUGUGUGUGUGUGCACAUGCGUGCGUAGGGAGUCAGAAAUCAAGUUCGCUGCAUUGGCCCCUCCCCAACCCUAUUGUGAAUUGGACCCUCUGAAGUUUAUGCCCAGUUAGGAAUGGACUCGCCCUUUUGGCAUCCAAUGAGCAAUCAGGAGGGCUGGUGUUAAGGCCGCUAUUAGAUUUUGGAAUGCUGCUGCUGCAGCAGCAGCGUCCUCAACGCUGGGACUCCUCCCAUUCUCAGGGAUGUCAGAAGCCCUUGGAACUACAUUUCCUAGGAUUGCUGGUACCUGGCGGGAAUUGUUCAGGCCUAUUCAGUAUUAUGUCACCAGGAGCACAGUGUGGCUGGAAUGGCCUCGGAAAUAAAACUAUUUUCUGACCUUCCAAAUUGAGACUGGGGAGGGCUUACCCAUAAUUAGUUAGAAAUGUACUAAUCAAUUCCUGUGCCUUUUGAACUCCCAUGUCCAGAAAAAUGCAGUAGUAUGAAAGCAUUUUAUACAAUUACUUCAGAUUCUGAUUUGUGGGUAUUAUAUUUUUAAAAGAUAUUCUUAAUUAACAGGUUUAAUUUCUCAUUGUCAGUGAUGUAAAACCUAUUGACUACUGUCUUGACCUAUUAGCAUACUUCUGCAAUAGCAAACUUGUGCAUAAAAUAUUUUUACGACCUUGAGAUGAAGUCUUCAAGCCAGAAGGAGUGAAGAAAGUGCUGGUUUUUAAAGUCUUUUUGGGCUUCUAUUUUUUACAUCACUAAAAAUAUCUGUCAGCUUGAAAGAAACUAAAACUGAGUCAGUCUUCUACAAAGGUAUGACAUUGUUUGUUUGAAAGAGUAAUAGGGGGCAUAUUAUCCUCCAAAAUCGUCACCUCAAUUUUUUUUACUUGGUGGGAUAGUUUACACAUCUAUCUUGCCAGUGAUCCUCUGUGGUGGGGGUGCAGGCACACCAUAGGCAACUUGUGUAUGAAGCAGGUAGUCCAUGAGGAGGCCUAUUCACAGGAUAUUUUCCCCACCCCACACCCUUUCCUGAGCAGGAAUAAUUGCUUUCCCACAGCCUUUUGUAUAGAGUGCCUGCCCUGCAUGUCACCUUAAGAUGCAUGGUGGAAUGGGAUGUGAGCAGUACAUCCGUUUCUUCACCACCGAAAGAGGAUCACUGACAAAAGAGUGUGAAUUGGAUCCAUCUAAUGUGGUGCUUCUGUUUUACAGAGUCAUACUUAUCGAAGAAUAAGUUAUUGCUUCUGUGGGACAUGUAAAUGUAUUUUCUUCUAAAAAGUUUAUUUACUCAUCUUUGUAUCUCAUUGUACAUUCCUAACAGCUUUAGGAUAAACAUCAGAUUUAUUCCAGCACAGUCCAUUGCUGGCAGUGGACAAUUGAAAAUUGCUGAGAUAAAAGGACUAAUAAAAACCACUCAUGUCCAGUUU